AUGGGUUUUCUCAAGAAGAACACCGAGAGUGUAGAACCUCAACAACCACAAUCCGAUAUCACACACGAGAAAGACCUGGAGAAAAACUUCGAAGACGUCAAGUUAGAAACACGUCAGACUUCGGUCGACAACGGCGGUUCAGCACCAUUCAUCGACCCUGUCAUUGAGAAGCGCGUUGUGCGCAAGAUAGACUGGCAUCUGGUACCGCUGCUUAUGGGACUUUAUUUGCUCGCUUUCCUCGAUCGCUCAAACAUUGGAAAUGCNAAAAUCGCCGGCAUGGCCAAGGCCUUGGACCUAACUGCUGAUCGCUACUCGUGGCUCUUGACCAUCUUCUAUAUCUCGUAUAUCCUNUUCCAGUUCCAGGUCCUUGGUUGGAAGAGAUUCCCUCCUCACAUUUGGGCAUCUUGGGCUAUCUUUGGCUGGGGCGUGAUCUCGAGUUGUCAAGCCGCAGUUACCUCUUGGGAAGGAGAAAUGGUACUCAGAUUCCUACUAGGUGUCUUUGAGGCAGCAUACGGUCCUGGUGUUCCUUAUCUGCUUUCGUUCUUCUACCUCAGACAUGAAGUCGGUUUCCGCAGCGGAAUAUUCCUUGCUGCUGCACCUCUUGCAACAUGUUUUGCUGGAGCACUCGCAUACGGUAUCACCUCUGGACACGCCGCGAUCGCGAACUGGAAGCUUCUCUUCCUUGUAGAAGGUCUACCCACCCUUGCCAUGGUACCAGUCGCAUAUUUCUUCCUUCCGGACAGUCCGCAGUCGGCCAGGUUCUUGAACGAGGAAGAGAAGCGCGUGGCAGUGGCAAGAGGUGUACGCCAGACAGGAACAACCGAGCGCGUCGGUCGCAUCAGUUUCAAGGAUGUUGGCUUGACAUUCAUUGACCCAAAGGCCAUCUGCACUGCAUUGAUGUACUUCUCGUGCAAUGUGUCAUUCUCUUCUCUGCCUGUCUUCCUACCCACGAUCCUGGAAGAGAUGGGCUUCGAGUCCAUCACUGCACAAGGUCUCUCUGCGCCUCCAUACUUCUUGAGUUUCCUCAUCACCAUCGGCUCUGCAUGGAUUGCCGACAGGACUCAACAGCGUGGAUUAACCAUCAUCAUUCUUUCUAUCAUUGGAGGUGUUGGUUACAUCAUGUUGGCAACCACAUCAACCACUGGCCCUCGUUACGCUGGUGUCUUCCUUGCCGCAUCCGGGGUAUUCCCUUGCAUCGCAAACAUCCUCCCAUGGGUUACAAACAACCAAGGCAACGACGAUCGCCGUGGUGCAGCAUUCGUCCUUCUCAACCUCAUCGGCCAAUGCGGUCCUUUGCUAGGUACGCGCGUGUACAACACUCCACCUUACUACGUCAAGGGUCAGAGCAUCUGUGCAGCCUUUAUGUUCUUCAAUGGCUUGUUGGCACUAUUCCUUCGUACACUUCUUGCUUAUGAGAACCGCAAGCUGGAUAAGCAAUACGGCACCAUCGAGGAGCAGAAGAAUAGGAUUGCGGCGACUGAGGGAUCAGAAGAGGCAGUCGUUGAGGCCAACUCUGGCGUGGAGAACUUUGGCCCCAUGUAUCGUUAUGUCUUGUAG